AUGAGAAGAUUCCUAAUCUUCAAAGACGAGGAUGAUCUUAAUGUAGACGUUUCCGAGUCCGAAAUUCUGAAUCCCGAUCUUCAAAGACGAAGAUCCAAAUCGUUUUCCAAGAAUCGAAUCAUUCUCGAAAAAACGGCUAAAGCAAGUUUCACCCAAAAUCUAUCAGCCGUACUUGCGGAUCCGUCACGUUCGCGGAAUGACCUCUCCACAUUUUUCACACGUCACUGGGGCGACACAUUCGUCCCGUCUCAACCAGUGCCCCCAUCGAAACGGUUGGCUAGAAUGGCCGACUCGUCGUUUGACAGUUAUUGUCAGGCUGCUGGAGAAUCCUACCGAAGAUAUCAGGCGAUCAAGCGAGCACUGCGGCUGAGUCAUGCAGAGGGAUCGAACGUGGGGAAUGAGAGACAAGAUGCGGAGGAUUUACCGACGGUACUGAUUGACAAAUUGACCGACAUCUUGUUGGCACAAGUGGACACAUCUGGGGUGGACAGCGGAAGCGAGGGAUGGAGAUCAGUAGAUCACAAGGAGGAGCUGGAACUUCUGAAAUAUCAGAAUCGCUGA